UUACCUCUAUUUUCAUCAUCUCAUAUCAAACAAAAUAAAACUUAGCUAGCUACAUAAAAACACAUAUUAGAGCUAGCUAACUAAGCCAUGAUGAAACCCUUUCUCUUUGUCCUCCUCCUUCAACUCCUCUCCCUCACUCAACAUGGGCUGGGCCAGCCCAACCAUAACUGCAACCUCCCAGAAAAAGAUAGCUCAACCUUAAGAGUGUUCCAUGUAUCCAGCCCAUGCUCACCCUUCAAGCCCAAGAAAAUGUCAUGGGAAGAGAGUGUUAUGCAAAUGCUGACUGAGGAUCAGGCCCGGUUGCAAUACUUGACUAGCCUCGUGGCCCGGAAAUCUAUUGCUCCUGUGGCUUGGGCCCGGCAGCUGAUCCAAAGCCCGACCUACAUUGUUAGGGUUAACGUUGGAACUCCUCCUCAGAGUUUUUUGAUGGCUUUGGAUACAAGUAAUGAUGUUUCUUGGUUGCCAUGUAAGGGCUGUGUUGGAUGUGGCUCUGCCCUUUUUGGCUCUGAAAGAUCCACUUCUUUUAAGGGCAUUGCUUGUGGCACCCCUCAGUGUCAGCAGGUAACAAGCCCUAGUUGUUUCCAAAACGUGUGCACCUUCAACCAAACCUACGGUGGCUCCACCUUAGCGGCCACCCUCUCGCAAGACACCGUAGCCCUAUCCCGAGACCCCAUCCCAGGCUACGUCUUUGGAUGCAUCCAGAAGACUACCGGGGGAUCAAUCCCACCACAAGGACUAUUGGGUCUUGGCCGAGGCCCAUUAUCACUCCUUUCUCAGACCCCAAGCCUAUACAGGUCCACCUUUUCCUACUGCUUGCCCAGUUUCAGGUCAUCCAAUUUCUCAGGGUCCAUGAAACUCGGCCCAGUAGCCCAGCCCAAAAAGAUGCAUUACACACCAUUGCUUACCAACCCAAAGAGGCCUUCUCUAUACUAUGUUAAUUUGAUUGGGAUUAAAGUGGGGAGUAAAACAGUAAAUAUUCCUGCUGAUGCCUUGGCCUUCAAUCCUAACAACGGUGCUGGUACUGUUAUUGACACUGGUACGGUGUACACCCGACUAGCAACACCAGCCUACAUCGCAGUGCGAGAUGAGUUCAGGCGGCGAAUGGGGAAGGCAAACGUGACGUCCCUAGGUGGCUUUGAGACAUGUUACAGUGUUCCAAUAACAGUACCAUCCAUAACAUUCUUGUUCCAAGACAUGAAACUAACAUUGGACCAGGACAACUUCCUCCUCCGCAGUACCUCCACCAGCAUAUCAUGCCUCGCUAUCGCCGCCGCCCCCGAAAACGUCAACUCCGCCCUCAAUGUCAUAGCCAACAUGCAGCAACAAAACCAUAGAGUUGUCUUUGAUCUCCCUAACAAUAGGCUUGGUAUUUCACGUGAGACAUGUACUUAAGUGUAUUUUUGUGCUUGAUCAUGAGGGUUGCUAUUGUAGUGUUGUUGUUUACUAGACCUUAUGAAUUCACUAAGGAGAUUAUUUUGUAGUUUCCUUAAUUAUUAUCGUGGGUUUGGCCAAAGAAGAAAAGGUCUAGUUCGAAAAAUAGGGCUAUUAAUAUUAUGAAUCUGUGACAAACUAAGCUGAAAAAUGCCAAAAAAAAAAAAAAGAAUUGGGGAUUUGUUUUAAUGACUACUUAAUUCUGAUCUUUUAGCAAAGUUUUCA